GAAGGUCCACAGAUUCUAAAUGAGUCACUUCUGCAGUGAGUGCUGGGUUUAGGAGGCAGACCUGUCAGUCACCAGCAGAUCCUUCCUGUUUAAGAGCUCUGAACCUACAGAAGAAGAAAAAAACAACAACAAAAUCUGAAUUUGGUAACCGGAUCCUUGAGCUGUGUGCGCCAGAUUUUGGCAGGGUCACAAGCCUUGUGAAUGGGGGAAGCAGUAGAUGUGAUAUAUCUCUACUUUAGUAAUGCUUUUGAUGCUGUCUCACAUGACCGUCUCGUCAACGAACUAUGGAAAUACAGCCUAGACAAACCUACAGAAGAUCAUGCUCAAGAAAUCAGAAAAAAGAGUUAAGUCUUAUAUUAACUGAAGCACUGAAGUGACAACUAUGGAAGCACAAAUAGAAAACAAGUAAAAAUGAAAUAUGACUGCAGCUAAACAAGCAAACAGGUCAUGGCACGCUUAACGAAAAGACGACAGGCAGAUACAAAAGCUAUCCAGCAUCUUUGGGCAGCUAUUGAAAUAAUCCGGAACCAGAAGCAAAUUGCUAAUAUUGACCGUAUUACAAACUUCCAUCAGUUUUGGAAUUGGGGUAACCUGAAAAAAGGAAUUACAGUGGGUUACAAUGCACUAGGCUUUCACCUCUGGAGAUCGCAGUUCAGGUAUAUGUCUCGAGUCCAUGGUAUGCAUCCAAAAGAGACCACACGUCAGUUGAGCUUAGCAGUGAAGGAUGGUCUUAUUGUUGAAACCCUGACUGUGGGAUGUAAGGGAUCAAAAGCUGGUAUUGAACAAGAAGGAUACUGGUUGCCAGGAGAUGAGAUUGCCUACAGUAUGCAGCCUUUCUCCCGGACAACAGCAAAAAACAAGGACUGGGAAACAGAAAAUCAUGACUGGUAUUGUUUUGAAUGCCAUUUGCCUGGAGAGGUGUUGAUAUGUGACCUGUGUUUUCGUGUGUAUCAUUCCAAGUGUUUGUCUGAUGAGUUCAGGCUUAGAGACAGCAGUAGUCACUGGCAGUGCCCAGUUUGCAGGAGCAUUAAGAAGAAAAACACAAGCAAGCAAGAGAUGAGCACAUACUUGCGAUUCAUUGUCUCUCGUAUGAAGGAGCGGGCAAUCGAUCUAAACAAGAAGGGGAAGGACAACAAGCACCCAAUGUAUAGGAGGCUGGUGCACUCAGCUGUUGAUGUUCCUACUAUACAAGAGAAAGUAAAUGAAGGAAAAUACAGGAGUUAUGAGGAGUUCAAAGCAGAUGCUCAGCUGCUUCUACACAACACAGUGAUUUUCUAUGGAGCGGACAGUGAACAAGCUGAUAUAGCUAGGAUGCUUUACAAAGACACAUGCCAUGAGCUGGAUGAACUGCAGCUUUGCAAGAACUGUUUCUAUUUGUCAAAUGCACGUCCUGACAAUUGGUUCUGCUACCCUUGUAUACCUAAUCAUGAGUUGGUUUGGGCCAAAAUGAAAGGUUUUGGGUUUUGGCCAGCCAAAGUCAUGCAGAAAGAGGACAAUCAGGUCGAUGUUCGCUUUUUUGGGCAUCACCACCAACGGGCCUGGAUCCCUUCAGAAAACAUUCAAGAUAUCACAGUUAAUAUCCAUCGGUUGCAUGUGAAGCGCAGCAUGGGCUGGAAAAAAGCAUGUGAUGAACUGGAACUGCACCAGCGUUUCCUUCGUGAUGGGAGAUUCUGGAAGUCUAAGAAUGAAGAUAAAGGUGAGGAGGAGGCAGAAUCCAGUAUCUCUUCCACCAGCAAUGAGCAGCUGAAGGUUACUCAGGAACCCAGAGCAAAAAAAGGACGACGUAAUCAAAGUGUGGAACCCAAAAAGGAAAAUUGUUUAAAAAAAAACCUGGUCAUAACUGGCAGAAAGGAGCCAGAGCCUGAAACUGAAGCAGUAAGUUCAAGCCAGGAAAUUCCCACAAUGCCUCAGCCCAUUGAAAAGGUUUCAGUCUCAACACAGACCAAGAAGUUAAGUGCCUCUUCUCCAAAAAUGCUGCAUCGGAGCACCCAGACCAAUAAUGAUGGAGUGUGUCAGAACAUGUGCCAUGACAAAUACACCAAAAUCUUUAAUGACUUCAAAGACAGGAUGAAGGCUGAUCACAAGAGAGAGACUGAGAGAGUUGUACGAGAAGCAGUGGAAAAGCUGCGUACAGAGAUGGAGGAGGACAAAAGGCAAGCUGUAAAUAAAGCUGUAGCCAACAUGCAAGGAGAGAUGGACAGAAAGUGUAAGCAGGUAAAGGAGAAGUGCAAAGAAGAGUUUGUAGAAGAAAUUAAGAAACUAGCAGGUCAGCACAAGCAACUGAUUUCCCAAACCAAGAAGAAGCAGUGGUGCUACAACUGUGAAGAGGAGGCUAUGUACCACUGCUGCUGGAAUACUUCUUACUGUUCCAUCAAGUGUCAGCAGGAACACUGGCAUGCUGAACACAAACGUACCUGUCGCAGAAAAAGAUGAAAGAUUUAGUCCUCCCCUAGAAAACCACCCCGAUGAUUGCUAUUCUCAGACACAGCGGUUUUUGUUUCCAAGAAGCCAAAAUUGUUUAGAAUUUGCUUCCCAUUUUGCACCAGCCUUUAAACAAUUUUCGUAAAGAAAUUUUGCACAGUAGUUUCAACCUUCUGUUUAAUGCUCCUCCGAAAUUUUGUCAGUCUACUGAAUUUAACAUCAGUGGGAGCAGGUUACUUUAAAUAAUUUUAAAUAGAGGAUUUGUUGCAUUUUAAAACAUUUUUAGGUUUUACAGAGAUUUUAAUCUUUAAAAGCAACAGAUUUAAAAAGAAAAACAACAUGAGCUUAAUGAGAGGAACACUUAAAAGUUAGAUCUGAAUGUAAGAACUAUAGAACUGUUUCAGAAAAAAAGCAUACUACCUUGAUGUAACAUUUAUUUCCUAACCUUGGUGAGCUGGUUUUGUUCAGCUUAAUUUUACUGUUUAAAGGCAUUAUCUAUUGGUUAUACCAGUGGGUACAUGAUUGAAUUUAGGGAACAGGGUUGACACAGCAGGUGCUAGUCCUGCCUAUUUUUUCUUAAACGUUUCCCUGUUGUGUUUUUUUCAUUAUUUCUUUUCAAUAUAUAACUUUUAUAACAAAAUAUUAGCUUUGAUCUUGUAGUUUCAAAUCACAGGGGACUGGGGUAAUUUUUGCUGAGCUGGAUCUUAGAGAAAAAUGAAUAUUUAAAUUUUAAAGUUUGCACAUUUCAUCCUUGUCCUAACAUGAGUGCUUGUAACAAGAAAAAGAAAAGCCAAAAAAACUACCUUUAUUCAUACAUGGAAUUAUAGAUGAGGCAUAAAAAUAUCUUUAAUGCUUCCCCCCUCCCUCUAAGCCCCCAACCCCAGGUCAUUUGACAGCCUAUUAUCCGGUGUCACCUAUUCCAUUGCAACUUAAUAAUAAAAGGAAAAAUAGCACUUAAGUUUCACAGAAGCCGUUAUGUUUGUAGUAAUGGGUCAUUGCCUAUUAAUGAGCUCCAUCACUGUACUCAGAAUGAAGAAUAAUGCAUGUUAAUUUUCUUGUACUAAAGAUGCCGUGAUUUGUAAAAAGUCUGUAUUUUGCGGAAUGUCUGGACUAAGAAGCAUUACCAAUAGGAAUGGAUCGAUAGUUGAAAAAUGAUUUUUUUUGUUUUGUUUUAUAUAUAGUUAUAUGAAUUGCAUCCAUAUUCAGAGACAAUUUUUUAAAUAGGUGUAAAGCUUACUUAAACAGCUUUUCUUUUAAAGUGUCUCACCAUUUUAGUUUCUUUUAAAGGUUGGUCUUAGACUGAGUCAAAUGCCCAUUAAUCAUCCUAGCUAUUUUUUGAGAAGUUAGAGGAAUAAUUUGUAAAUAUUUAUUUAGAUCUUUGAUAUUUAUUGAAAGCAAUUACAUGAUGGAACGAUGGAAGCGGAAGAAUCAGGAGGAAAGCCUUUCAAAAAAGUUUUCUUUAGGAUUUGUCAGGGUCAGUAUAAAGAUUAAAGUAUAACUAAGUCUUCUGUGAACUGCCAUUGAAAUCCUGAUCUUUUUUACUUACAGUGGUGAUACAAGUUAAUUGAUUUGAUACUGCCAAUUAAUGCCCAAUAUGUUGAAAAAAAUACAUGGUAAGUUGAUUGGAAACAAUAGUAACUAGUUAGUAGCUUGAAUUACCACAGACUGUUAUUGCCUGAUAACUGUGUAAUUAACGUUGGUCGCCUCUGUGUUGUGACGGUAAAACACAUCACAACUAAAAAUGAAUCUUGUUCGAUUACUUUACGAGUUCCAAAACUUCGAUCCACCCCUAUGAAAGCAAGUUAUUGUGGAAAUAUUUUUGGUGUAAAAUCAUUCCAGAAUAUGUAAUAUUUAACUGAUAGCUGCAUGAAAGUAAGAUUCGUGUUACUUUGGCUUUUUUGUCUCUGUUGACACGGUUGCACAUUUCCAAGUUACUACAGCGUGAAAACUGUGUGUUAAAAAAAAAAUUUAAAAAUUGUGGCCUGGUUUUGUAUAAGUUUUAGGUAAAAUUACAAUUGAUUGUUUUAGGAAUCAUGAUUUAAAAAUUAAUUUUUCUGCAAAUCAUAAAGCUAUAUUAAAGUGUUGAGCUUAGCCACUAUGCACAUUGUAAUUAUUCAUUGUGGCUGUCCAGUUCUAUGAUGCAUUCUGGCAUUUUGUAAGCUGCUCUGACUAGCAAUAUAUAGAGUCAUUUAAUGUGUUAACAUUGGUUAAUAAAUGUAUUUAAAAAAAAAAA